GUACGGUGGGCGGAUCAGUGUGGUGACAGCGACGCGUGGAGACUCCCGACAAACUGUCUAAAACAGUCGACUAACGCCAUGGCGCAGUUGGACCUGAGUCUCAGUGAUGCGUUGAGCGACUGCGCGGCGCCCGGCCCAGAGCCUCGGGUGGAGCGGGACUUCGUGGCCCAGCUGGAGGCCGAGGCCUUCGACGACCAGAUCGGGGAGACUGUGGGCAAGACGGACUACAUCCCCCUGCUGGACGGCGACGGCACUGCACCAGACAUUGGAACUGCAUUGGCAAACGGAGAGAAGAAAGCUGAAGGGGCACAAAAGCCUGGGUCCAAGGUGACAGCCACGAUGCAGCCAGGCCGUCCAGAGCCCCACGGUGAAGUCCGGCCUCGCGUGGACCCCCCAGAUAUGGCCUCAGACCUUCUCUCAGCUUCCAUGCUUCAUUCUCCCGGCCCACAGCUGAUGGGCUUCAGUCCAAUGGGAGCCUCCUCAGGGUUCAUGGAGGUGGGCGUGUCCCCGCUCCCAGCAGAGCGGCCCCCCAGCGUAGCCGAGCCUCAGCAGCACAGCCCCAUGCUCCCGGAGCCCCAGGCCCCCCGCGGGCCCCUGAACCUGGCCCCAGGUGCCUCCCCCCUGUGGUCGGACACGGCCCACUGCCCCCCCGCAGACCUCCCCUUCACCGACAGCGUCUCCACGGUGAUCAGUCGCCACGCCAACCAGCUGGCCUCGGACGCCCGCCCCCCCAGGGAGAGCGGGGGCGACGAGAAGGAGGCCGAGGCCUCGGACCGCAAGCAGCAGAAGAAGAAGAAGAAGAGGAGGCAGAAGGACGAGGGGUCCUGGGACCAGCCCGAGGCGACGGAGGCCCCGAGUGAGGGCCCCGCCCCCGCCGACGACCCCUACCAGCGGGUCGGGCCGCGGCGCGACAAGGGGGGUCCGGGAGUCGACGGGGCAUGGGAGGAGCAGAUCGGGAAGAACGGGGGCCGCGGGAAGAGGGGGAAGAGCAGGAAGAAGCUUCCGGAGGAGUGGGCGGCGACAGCCGAGCCCUUCCUCCCGGCGGGCCCCCAGGGGCCGGCGGAGGUCGGGGCGGCCGCCCCCUCCCUCCCCGCCCCGGAGGAGCCGUUCCCGGGUACGGAGGCGGGCGGGAACGGCCGGAGCCAGGCGUUCCAUCCCGAGGAGGGCCUGGUGCCGGACCUCCCGGAGCGGGACCUGUUCUCCUGCCCGGCCCCCCUGCCGGUCCAGAGCAGCGGGCUGAAGGCCACGGCUGCCCCCUUCACCAUGCCCGCCGGCUCCUCCCCCCUGAGCCCCGGCCCCGCCCGUUCUCUCUCUGCCACGCCCCACGAGCACGACGACGGAGUGACGGGGGACGAGCUGGACGGCGGGCUGUUCGACGCAGGCGGCGUGCUGAUGGCGUCCUACAGCCCCUACCCAAUCCUGACGGACCCCUCCGUCCUCAGCCCCGCCUCCCAGCUCAGCCCCGACCAAUACCUGAAGAUGGGGGCGUCGCCUAGGCCGACCGGCCCCUCUGACAGCUCUUGGCUGGCGGGCGACAGCGGGGACUUGUUCGACUUGGGCGACUACCCGGCCUCCCUGGGGUGCCCCUUCCCCCCGGGCGUGGUCCUGGACGCCACUGGCCCCGCCCCCCUGCGGUCCCCCAGAACCAGCGCGCAGGACUGUCGCGGCCCCCCCCGCGAGCGCCCCGACGAGGCCACGGCGAACAAGAAGCACCGCUCCUCCUCCUCCUCCUCUUCCUCCUCCCUGAAGAGCCCCACGUUCGGCGGGCCCCCGUCCAGCGCCCCCCCGCGGGACUGCCCCGCCCCCCUGGCCUCCUCCCCCCAGGCGCCCCUCGGCUCGCCCGGGUCCUACCUGAACCCCGCCGCCAAGCCCUUCUUCCCCGGCCUCAAUGAGCCCCUGGAGGCCCCGGCUGUGGCCCCCGGCGUGACCCCCGUCAUGGAAGACUCUCAGACCCCAGUGAAGUCAGACACAAAGGAAGACAAGAUGGAGGAGAGCAUGGAGGACAAGAUGGACGACGGCAUGGAGCGGCUGGACGAGUACGUCCAGCUGGACGAAGCUGACCGGAGGAGCGUGAGGGUGGAGCUGGCCGCCCGAGAGGAGGAGCAGGAGAAACACCACAAGUCAGCAGCCGCAGAGGAAAAAGAGACGGAGAAGGAGACGGAGAAGGGGAAACAGGCGGAGAAGGUCGCUGAGAAGAUGGAGGACCGGGUGGAGAAGACACCGGACAAGCCUCCGCCGGCGGACAUGGUGGCCAAAGGGGUGGAGGAGAAGGUGGAGAAGACGAUACACGUGAGCGCCGCGCAUGAGGACCAGGAGACGGUCGUCCUGGAGCCGACCACGCCCGCGGAGAAGGCGAAGGCGGUCGUGGUGACGGAGGUGCCGGAGAAACCGGAAGCAGGAGACGCCAAAGGAACAGAGAUCUCUAAAGCCCCGCCCAGCCCGGAGAAACAGCCAACCACCGCCCUGCUGGACGCUGGCUCGGCCACGCCCGAGAAGCACAGCAACAAGAGUACAGAGGAUGACCAGGUGGAGGACACUAAGGUGGAGAAGUCCAAGGUAGAGGUGACCUCUUUGGAGAACACUAAGGUGGAGAAGUCCAAGGUAGAGGUGACCUCUUUGGAGGACACUAAGGUGGAGAAGUCCAAGGUAGAGGUGACCUCUUUGGAGGACACUAAGGUGGAGAAGUCCAAGGUAGAGGUGACCUCUUUGGAGGACACUAAGGUGGAGAAGUCCAAUGUGGAAGUAACCUCUGUGGAGGACACUAAGGUGGAGAAGUCCAAGGUGGAAGUGACCUCGUUGGAGAACACUAAGGUGGAGGAGUCCAAGGUGGAAGUGACCUCGUUGGAGGACACUAAGGUGGAGGAGCCCAAGGUGGAGGAGCCCAAGGUGGAGGAGCCCAAGGUGGAGGAGCCCAAGGUGGAGGAGCCCAAGGUGCAGGAGCCCACCGUCUCCGUGGUGGAGAAGGAGCUGAAGACGGAGGAAGAGGCGCUGACGGAGGAACGACAUGAUGAGGCAGAACCAGAACUCCAGCAGGAAGAGAAGCCGGCCGCCGCAGCGGUGGAAACUAAAGACAAAGCCAAGGAGGAGGUGAAGAAGACUGCAGAGAAGAAGGAGGUGAAGAAGGAGGACAGCAAGGAGAAGGCCGGUAAAGCGGACGCCGUGACCAAGAAGCCCUCAGCCAGACCCCCCACGGGGAGCCUGAAGGAACCUUCCAGUCCUGAGAAGAAGACCAAGCCUGCUGCCACGGCAACCAAACCCCUCCCCGCUACCAAAGCCCGGCCAGUCUCAGCGGCCGCCCCCCCCACCAGGCGCCCCGCCUCCUCCCUCAACACCACCACCACCUUCAACAACUCCACCUCCAUCUCAGCCCCACUCGCCAAAAAGACCCUCGCUGCCAGGCCGGCCACCGCCCCCACCGCGGGGGCCCCCAAGAGGGCCCCCGGCCUGGCCCCCGGCCGGCCCUCCUCCUCAGUCCCUAGCACCGGCCCCGCCCCGCGGGACGUCCGGCCAAAGACAUCAACAACCACCACAACAACAACAACAGAGAGGCGUGCCCUCGGGUCAAAGGUCACCACCUCACCGGCCGCUCGACCCCCGGCUGGCCCCGCCCCAAACAGGAACGGCACCGCGGCGGCUAGCAAGACCGCUACCGCGGCAGCUAGCAGGACCGCCGGGGCGGCACGCAUGACGGCGGCCCCCCGCCCUGCACUCAGCGCGGCCGCCAAGAAGCCCCUGGCGUCUAAGCCAGACAGUAAGCUGGGAGAGGACAGGAAGCCGGGCCCUUUGAAGACCUCAGCGGACCCCCCGAAGCCCCGGACCACCGCCGCCGCCGGCGCUUCCCGCACAGGGGCCCCCAAACCGGCCAGCGCCAGCAUCACAGAGAGGAAGACCCUUGUGUCCCGGGCCCCCCGCCCAGCCGCCCCCUCCUCCUCCACCGCCAGGACCAGCGCCUCCCGCCCCGGGACCGCGCCCAGUCCGGACCCCAAGGCCGUCCGCUCAAAGGUGGGCGCCGUGGAGAAGACGAAGGUCCCACACACAGGAGUGAAGGUGUCGUCGACCGCUCAGAGCAAGGCUGCAGCUGCCAAAGACCCCGCUAAAGUUUCCCUAGACUUCAGAAAGCCCGACUUCAGCCACAUCACGUCUCGCUUGGGCUCCAAGGAGAACCUCAAGCACAUCCCCGGGGGCGGGAACGUUCAGAUCCUCAGCAAGAAGGUGGACCUGAGUAAGGUGACCUCCAAGUGCGGCUCCAAGGACAACAUCAAGCACAAGCCAGGCGGUGGCGUGGUGAAGAUCGAGUCUCACAAAGUGAACUUCAAGGACAAGGCUCAGUCCAAGGUGGGCUCCAUGGACAACCUGCUGGGCACCGCAGGGAAGGGUGACGGGGGCCAGGAGCCGGCGGAGGAGGGCAGCGUACAGGCCCCCUCUGUGUCCACUGAGCCGGGGCCCCAAGAGGCCCCCGCCGCGGCCGCCCAGGAGAACGGGCUGAAGGAAGGGGGCGCCUGUGGGGGCGAGGGCCUCUGUGAUGCCCCGGUCCUGGACACGCUCAUCCCCGAAACCAGCGUCUAACUCUGCUGUCCCUCUGCCCCAUGUCACCUCCACCACGCCACGCCCCCUCCUCCUCCUCAUCCUCCUCACUCCUUUUCAAUUACCACGUUUCCUGUCUUCCUUCUUCCUCUCUCUCUCUCUCUGUCUCUCUCUCUCUCACUCUUCCUCUUCUUUUCAACCCUUCUGCUGCAGAUUGAGUCUCUCACGCUCAACCUUGGCCAGAAACCGCUGGACUUGCUCAAGGACCACGGCGCGGCCAGCGUCCUGAACACCUGCUCCAUCCCCCCCCCCGGGCCGACGGCCACGCCCUGGUCACCUGCUCCUGCCCCCCCCCGGGGAUUCGGCCACGCCCUGAUCUCCUUUUCCUCCCUCAUUCAUACUCUCCCGGAUGUUCCCCGAUCAGCUACGAUCAUCAGCCCCCCCCUCGGCUCCCUUCGGCCCCACGCCGCAGCCCCCAGUGACUUCCUCGCUACACACUGCCUCAAUGCGGCCCCUAGACCCCCCCCCCCCCAAACUCCUCAGACCGGGGGGGGUCCGAGUGAUGGAGCUGGAUCCAAACCCUCCCCUGUUUUAGCUUCCCUGUCCCGUUACCCUGGUGAUGUUCAGUCAUAUUGAUGCCCCCCCCCCCCCGUAUUAAUGCCCCAGCUCCACUGCUCCGCGUUGAAGUCGAUCCGUCGGCCUGAGCAGCCGACCUCCUCCUCCGUGCUCCCGUGUGUGCCCUCAUCACAUAAUCUCCAUCAUCAUCAGGCGCUUUCGGUUUAACUGCAGUAGAUCUGCCUCCCUCUGUCCUGUCCUGUGGUACCCAUAAUCACAGCUCACCUUGUCCUGACUUUAUAGGCUUGAGUUUGGGGCUGGCGGCGAUGCGUCAGCCGCCAGAGCACCGUAGAAGGUCUCCUCCUGUAGUCAGUGGGGGUGGUCUGCAUGUUACCUGUGCUCUGACGCAAACCGUCAUGCCCAUAGCUUCGCUGCCUCUCUGACCGCCCACAUGCAGAGGACGACUCUCCUAGGCUCUCUCCCCCUCUCUCUCUCUCCCUCUGAGCGGCCAGGGCCGAUGUCAUAUAACCAUAGCCUCUCCUUGACCUUUAACCUCGGGAGGGUGAUGUGACCCCAGUAACCGGUGACCCCUGUCUACAAGCUGCCUGUGUGCUUUGUGUUUCAACGCUCCGUUUGAAUCCAUUCCCUCUGAGUCCGUCGUUCUCCCUAGAGGAGAGCUGUGCUACACGCUACAAACAAAACAACAAAAACAUGAGAAAAAACCCAGUUACCAAGUUAGGCUGUGUGACCUUUAGGGCGAUGUUCUGUGUUCGUGAUGACGUGUUUGAGUGAAUAAUACCUUAACGCUGAUGGUAGCAUCUUGUCUUCUCUUUGUUAAUCUGGUUUCCUUUUUCUUAAUAUGUUUCUGUUUGAGAGGAGGUGUUUCUUCAUGUUGUGUUCCUGUACAAUAUUACGGCUGCUCCUUCGACGUUAACGCACUUAAUAUCUCCUGAAUCACGCACAGGACUUUGAACUCAAGGCAGACGAGAGAGAGAGGAGGAGGGAAAUAGAAUGUGACAAGAGGGAACAGUAAAAUGAAAAAUGGCCAAAACUAACUUCUGAAUGGGUCUUUGGUCACGGCCUCAUUUAAAAUGAUGCAACAGCGACGGAUGUUAAUUACCCAUCAACGAUCUUCUACCAGUUCAGUCACCGUACAUCCUAGCAUCACAAUGACUCACAGAACGUCUUUGUGUUUCAAAAAAGUCUGCGUUUGGUCAAAGAAGAAAGCGUUGCAAGUCUAGGAAGUGUAAGGGAAGGACAAAGUUAAGUCGAGUGGAGAACCUUUUUAUGGUGUAUGGAUGAUGUUGUGUUGGUCGGUGGAGACGCUCUGAAGUCAAAUGGUGUCCCCUUGUGCCUAGAAUGUCAUUGCUUCCUAAAGUCCCCCCCACUGUGUCGGCAGAGUCAGGGACGAGGUGUAAUCCGCUAGUCAUUGGGAGUCUGAGCUCAACAGAGCUCUUACUGUAGACGUAUUUAUGUAUCCAGACAGAUGCGUAGACGGACUAGACUGUAGUUGUAUGGUAUCGGCGCUGGAAAACCCAACUAGGUUAAUCCUCGUAUUUGUUCAGCAAUGUAUUCGAUGCUUUCUUUAAUUGCCUUCGUGAUGCAUGGCCAGAGUCUACUGCUACGCCCAGCUAACCUAGUGCUACGCCCAGGUAACCUAGUGCUACACCUGCUAACAUAGUGCUACGCCCACUAACCUAGUGCUACACCCAGGUGAUCUAUUGCCACGCCCGCUAAUGUAGCGCUACACCCAGGUGAUCUAGUGCUACACCCAGAAGCAGCCAAUGUGCAAAGCGACUUGCAGCGUUGUGGCAAAGUUAUGUAUAGCCAUCUUUGGGAAAAAUAUUAAACGGUUAUUAAAGCUGUGUUUCCUCGUUCAAAUACUAAAAGCCAGGACGCGGACAAAAGAGGGAGAACUCGGUCUUAUCAUAGUCCUGAACGACCAUCACGGUCAUUCUGAACUUUUCUGUCACGGUCAUUCUAACAAAUUUGAAUUACACGCGUGGCAGCCAUUACCUUAUCACUGUUUUACACGGACAUCAAAAUGGAGUCUCAACCUCCAGCUGUUUGAUAACAUAAUGGUCCACGUGGUAAUUAUGGUGGGGUCAUGUCGUUAUACUAAGCCCUAAUAUAACGUAUUUUAAUCUACAUGGACACUUGUAACUGCACCUUAAUGAUUAUGAAUGAAGGUUGGCUUGGAGAAGUCGUACAGGAAUAUAACGACGUUCAAAAUAUUAUGACUAUUGCAAGUUUAUUUUUAAUCACUAUUUUUAUUUUUGCCUGCUUUCCUCAACCGAGCAAUAAGUGAAAUCACUGUCGCCUCCCCGUUCCUCCAAUUGGAUAAAGUUCAGGGUCAAGUUCAUGUUUGCUUUUGACCGCAAAACUUGUCUCCUUUUAUAUUGAGUCAAUUCAGAGAGCGAAAAGAUUUGGCAGUAAAUCAGGUUUACUUAUUACUUAAUCAAAAUGGGCAGUUUCUUGUGCAAGUGAAACAUGUUAACGCGGUGGUCCUGGUAAACCUUGUGGUGUGCUCCUGUCAGGUCAUGGUGGUCCUGGUAAACCUUGUGGUGUGCUCCUGUCAGAGUUCAUCUAGGAUUCGGUCACCACCCUCCUCGUCAGAUUGCACAUGGAUGUAUAUAGAUGUGUUAUGAUUUGUGCGUUCGACUUUGCCACACGGAACAAAAAUAUGAACAAAACAACGAUGACAGACAAAAAUAAUUACACGGUUGUUAACGAAAGUGUGUCCAUGUAACUUAAACGGUUUUGUGAUGUUUUAUGAUGACUUUUCUGACUACAAAUGCCACACUUACUAUUACGGCAGAACUAUUAUUAUUAUUUCUGAGCAAAUCAGCCUUUUAUUGUAGUUAAGAGGCUGCUGAAAUGAAACAAUGUCUUUGCGAUGUAACGUACUUGAGACGCGCCCGUAUUUAUCGAUGUGCACCAGUAGUCUGUUGGUGGUGACCUGACGUCAGACGUCUACAGAAAGCAGGGCGAACUCAUGCCCGUGCUCAAGCUUCUCCAGAAUCUUUUGGCGGCCUCUAGUAGCCAAGGAACACGCAUGCUACUAAACAUAAUUUAAACGGCUAAUCAGUAUUUGUUGAAUUGUCCACAUUAACGCACCAAACUGUGUUUUUUUAUUUCCUUGAAACCGCUAACUGAAACGUUUAAAAUAUGUCUUCAACAUGACGGUUUAAAAAUCUCCACCAAUUCCGGCUAAUGCUCGAUAAAACCUGUUGGUCAAGCGGACGCUAUGUGUCGGGGGGUUAUAUGGUGAGGCACACAAGGGAAUUCUUUGAGGGGAAUGCAUUCAGCGUAAUGGGAAAGCCCCAGUGCACGCAUACUGGGGUUAACAUGACGAUGGUGCAACAUUACCGCACACCUUGCUCAUGGGUCGACUCCACGCCAACAAAAGUUCUGAAACACAACUGCUGGCAUCUGUAUUAGCACCUGCUCCUUCCCCCCUCUGUAUCCAAACAUGCAAACUAAUGAAUCCUAAAGCAUCGCAAUGGGGAACGCAGACUUUUAGCUUUUCUUUGUUUUCAUUGAUUUUGAAUUAUUUUGUUUUGAGAAGUGUUUAUUGUGAUUACUUGUUCAUUAGUGAUGUGAUUAUUAAACAUGGAAUAAAAGAGAAAAAAAAUUCCCAAAAUA